GUCUUUCUUUCUCACUGUAUUAACCUUAUAUUUUUUUAGCUGUGAUUUUUUGUUUCCGACACUCUCUCCGGUCACUCUUAUACGCAAACACAAAACACACACACACACACUCUCUCUGUAUCUGUGUGUGUAGUCAGUGUAUAUAUACAUUCUACCAAUUCACUGGUUUCGAAGGGUUCAUCUUCACUGCUCAAAUUUAGGGUUUCACUCCCAUUAUAUCAAAAUAGGUUAUUUCCCAAUUGGAUUUGGGCUAUCAAUUUUUGUGGUUUUUCUCUCUCCUAGGGUUUUGCUUUUUCACUCAGUUCCGGCUUCGAAUUGGAGAACUUUGUAACUCUAAUUUUUCAAAUUUUGUUCUCAUCCUAGGGUUAAAAUUAUCAAAGCUCUUCUUUUUAAUUUUUUUUUUUUGGGGUUUUCCCUUUUAUCUGUGAUUCUAGAAUCUGCAAUUCGGUUUAGGGCUUUGAUUAAGCUCUGUUCGUUCUCAAAUCUUCAAAAUUUUCGAUUUUUUUUUCUUCCUCUGGGCCUUUUCAAUAAUCAGAGAUUGGAACCCAGAAUCGGAAAUCCAAUUUUGAAAAUCUCCUAGGGUUCUUGCUGGCUGUGUGUUCAUUCUGAAAUUGAAGAAAAUUUUGGAGCUUCAGAGCUCUCUAUCUCUCUCUGUUCUAGGGUUUUGAUCAGCUUUUACGACUAAACCAAGAAAACCCAAGGUUGGGAAUUGAAUUCUCUCUCUGUCUCAUAUCGUGGUUGCUUAUUUGAAAUUAUAAAGAUUUGGUUUUAGGGUUUUGAUUGAUUUUUGAAGCUAAUCCAAAGAGAACCCAGAAUUGGGAAUUUGAAUUUUCACUCUGUGAUCUCUCUCAAAAUUGGCCAUGGCCUCGUACAGGCCAUUCCCUCCACAAACCUCAUUUGCACCACCACCACCAAAUCAAAACCCACUUGCACCACCACCACAACCGCCACCACAACCACACCCACCUCAACAGAGAGCUCAAUACAAUCAGAACUGGGUUGGAUAUAGUGCUCCUGAUACCUCUAUUGCCUCAGCUCCUCCUCCUCCUCCACCACCACCAUCUUCCUCUUCUGCUGCUUCUUCUUCAUAUCCUCAAAACUUCAACAAUCCUCAAUUGCAUCCCACUUCCAAUUACCACCACCACCCCCAUCCACAACAACAGCAACAGCAACAACAUUAUGGCCCACCAAGGACUCAACCUCCACCACCCCCUCCUCAUCAGCAGUACCCUUAUCAACCGCCACCACCGCCUCCUCCGGAGUCUUCUUAUGCUCCUCCACCGCCGCCCCCGACACAGAAUUCAAUGAAUUUACAGCCCCCACAAGCUCCCAUGUAUUACCCUUCUAAUCAGUUUAAUCAGUAUAGUCAUCAGCCAAUGCAACCAAUGCAGCAGCCCCCACCUCCCCCGCCACCCCCGCCUUCGUCUCCACCCCCGAGUUCUUCAAUUCCACCACCGCCACCUCCGAGUUCACCCCCACCUCCAGCUCCAGCUCCUCCGCAUAAUAGGGAAUCACAUGAGCGAGAUAGAGGGACUUCCAAGGAGGUUUAUGCUUCUGCAAGGGGUGAUCCUGGGGUUUCGAAUCAUGGGGUUCCUUCUAAACAGCAGCAUAAGCCACCUGUUCCUCCGAUGAUGGUGAAGAAAUCCAAUGGGCCUACGGGGAGGGUGGAGACGGAGGAAGAUAGGAGGUUGAGGAAGAAGAGGGAGUUUGAUAAGCAAAGGCAAGAAGAGAAGCAAAGGCAUCAGUUGAAGGAGUCCCAGAACACUGUUCUGCAAAAGACCCAGAUGCUGUCUUCUGCUGCAAAGGGGCACGGGUCGAUUGUUGGGUCACGGAUGGGGGAGAGGAGAGCUACUCCAUUCUUGAGUGGUGAAAGGAUUGAGAAUAGAUUGAAGAAACCAACAACAUUCUUGUGCAAGUUGAAGUUUCGGAAUGAACUCCCAGAUCCAAGUGCACAACCAAAGCUUGUGGCUCCAAAGAAAGAUAAAGAACAAUAUACAAAGUAUACCAUCACUUCCUUGGAGAAAACCUACAAGCCUAAACUUUUUGUGGAGCCAGAUUUGGGAAUACCUCUUGACCUUCUUGACCUCAGUGUAUACAACCCUCCCAGUGUUAGACCGACACUUGAUCCAGAAGAUGAGGAAUUGUUGCGUGAUGAUGUUUCAGUGACCCCUGUAAAGAAUAACGGCAUAAGAAGAAAAGAUAGGCCGACUGAUAAAGGUGUUGCCUGGCUGGUCAAAACACAGUAUAUAUCUCCUCUUAGCACGGAGUCAACCAAGCAGUCUUUAACUGAGAAACAAGCAAAGGAACUGAGAGAAAUGAAGGGAGGCCGUAACCUUUUGGAGAACCUUAACAACAGAGAAAGACAAAUCAAGGAAAUAGAAGCAUCAUUUGAGGCAUGCAAGUCACGUCCUGUUCAUGCAAGUAAUAAAGAUUUAUAUCCUGUUGAGGUUCUGCCUUUGUUGCCUGAUUUUGAUCGGUCUGAAGAACGAUUUGUUAUUGCGGCAUUUGAUAGUGCUCCUACGGCUGAUUCAGAAAUCCACAGCAAGUUGGACCCAACUGUUCGUGAUGCCUUUGAAUCACAGGCCAUUAUGAAAAGUUAUGUGCCAACAGGCUCAGAUACAGACAAAUCAUUUUUGGCCUACAUGGUUCCUUCUCCAGAUGAGUUAUCCAAGGAUAUGUAUGAUGAACACGAAGACAUCUCAUUCUCUUGGGUUCGCGAGUACCAUUAUGAGUUUCGUCUUGAUGAUGUGGAGGACCCCACAACAUACCUUGUUUCAUUUGAUGAUGCAGAAGCACGCUAUUUGCCUCUUCCAACAAAACUCGUUUUAAGAAAAAAGAGGGCAAAAGAGGGAAGAUCUAAUGACGAGGUUGAGCAUUUUCCCAUACCAUCUAAAGUGACUGUGAGGCGGAGACCAACUGUUUCUGCAGUUGAAUUGAGAGAUUCAGAGGUUUAUUCCCAUUCAAAGGGGAGUUUUUCAAAUUCUAAGAGGGGAGGGUUAGACAUUGAAGAUGGUCUUGGAAGACCGCAGAAGGUUGCCCGACAUCAGGACAUAGAUCAAUAUAGUGAAGCUGAAGAUGAGAUGUCUGAUUGAUUUCUUUUGAUCCAAAUUCUGCUGCCUUCAAGGGAUGUUUCCCAAAUUUAUAGCAGCUAGAGUGGUAGCAGAUUGGUUGUGUACUAGCGUGCUAGAUGCUGUGGAGUAGUGAGGUAAAAUAGUUAUAUAUCUUCUAUUUGUAUGUUAAUUCCAACCUCCAACCAUCUACCUAAUUAUAUUUUCAGAUUGUAGCUGGUUCUAGUUGAUACAGGUUUUUCCUCUAAUAUAUCAUGCAAGGAAAAAUGACAAAUAGAUACUGUAAAAAGAAGUGAGACAGAAUAGCGCGUUCAUCAAAAUCAUUGAAACAAUUAGUUCUUUCCUGCAAUGAUGGUUGUUCUUUCUUUA